CAUUACACGCUAUUAUACGUCUAUAGCUGUAUCGGCACAGGUGCACCGCGCAAUUGAAAUAAGCGUACGUGCUGUCGGCGCUGUCGCCAUGCGGUGCGAAUACACUUUUAUCUGCGGCGUAACGUGGCUCCUUAUCCUCCUGCUUUCCGAAAGACUUUUCGCGAGCGGGGAAUCAGGAAACGAUUAUUCGCAAGGAUGCGCUCAUCUACGUUGCGAGAACGGCAGCCGAUGCGUGAAACGGCGGUUUUGGUGCAAGGAUCCGCCUUGCCCCGGCAUGUUGUACUGUUCCAGAUCGAGGAAAGAAUCGUUGAAGGGACCUCUAACGUGCGACACCGUUCGUUGCAACAAAGGUCACGUGUGCGUCGUGAAAGUUCGAGGAUGUGAUUGGGAUGGGAACUGUAAGCAACAAUUAGCGCGCUGCGUAUCGGAGAAAGAGUAUUACGAGGGUGCAGCUUCCUGCGCCGGCUUCGAAUGUCCGUCGGGAGAACGUUGCAUCCUGCGGGAAACAUUCUGCGUGAAUCCGCCCUGCAAACUCAUCAGAAGCUGCAAAAAUGAGGAAGAUGUGCAAACCUGGUUCGACAUAUGCAAAAGUUUGAACUGCGCCUCGGAAUACGAGUGUUUCUUGCGAAGACCAGAAAACAAUUGUCUUGAUUCGUGGUGUACGCACAUGCCUGAUUGCACGCUCACCAUCGAGGACGAACUAAUCAGCAAGUAUUGCUACGGCUGGAUCUGCCCACCAGCGCAGAAGUGCACCGUGCGGAUUGUAGAUUCGUGCAAGGGUUUUAAUUGCACCAUCGAGCGAUCAUGUCGCGCAUCUUCAGUCUCGACUCAACACAACACAAGCAGCGAGGUCGCUGAGCAACCCACGGCUAGAAAAACCUUGGUGCAAACCGAGAGGGAGCUGAUUCGCCAGGAGCUGGAGAAAAGAACGAACACGCAGACGAGUUAUCCAAUCACGGAGAAAAAGCCGGCUUCGCCAGUGACUUCAACGCGGAGACAAAGUAUCCGCUAUACAACGCCUGCAACGCAAGAGACGGAAGUUUCGUUGACUCGUCAGCAAAUCGCAACAACGAAAUCAAAUUUGAUCACAGAAUCUUUGCGAUCAUCAACAAGCGAACCAUAUUUGACGUCGCCUUAUUCUCGAACUCGAUUGAAUAAUUACGAUAAAUCCCCUACAAUCGACGAAGGCAAAGUUUCCCAGAAUUUUUUGACUAAGAGUUCAGUCAUUCCGGCAACUGUGCCCGCUGAUGGGAAAGCCGAGCCAGAUACGUCGCGUGACACGGAGAGAUUAGAAGCGCCGAGGAAGAUCUACAUAGCGGCCGACGACGACGCGUUGCCCCUUCCCAUUAUGUUGGAGGACAUUAACUUCUUUGAGCAAGGUUAUCCGAUCUGGAUAAAGAACGAUCCGUAUCGUUCGUGGGAAGUGAAGGACGAAGACGGAUGGAGAUACCGCGAGCCGCAAGAACCGUACAAGAUUUUAUUGCCGCCGUACGAGCCGGUGAUCCUCGUCAAAGAUACGAGGAAACGAGGACAAUUUCUACCAUUCUUCACCGACGCAUUCUUCACUGACCUUUUUAACGAGGCGGCCUUAAUACCUCUGCCAGAAAUAACAUCUGCAGAAAACACCGAGACGAAUCGUACCGAUGACUCGUCUAACGAUCAUGCGAGUCUCCCGGUGAUGGAAAAAACGAUCAGCACUGCUCCGCCGAGUACUACUCGCGACGAAGAACUGGAUAAUUACUAUGACAACGAGUGGCGACCGUGGUAUGUGAUUCACGAUCUGGAACGAAAUGAGCCGCAAUCAAGUCGCGAACACGAAUCCAAAUCGAGCAUCGUUGAUCUCGCAACGGAUGAUUUGUAUAAAAAUGAUACGUCGGCCGACCCAGAAACGUUCGCGGGAGGCCAAAUUACGGACGAGGAGAGGAGCCGAGUUUUUGAAACGCGAUACGCAGACGAGCGCAAUAAAAAUCUUGCGACAUUCAGUCCACCUGCUUCAAUGGGGCAAAGUGAUUACAGCGCGCGGAACGACGAGGGACUCCACGGUCUUGCAAAUUACCCUUAUGACACUAUAUCCGUUCACCACAUUGGCAAAUCGAGUCGCGAAUACGAAGAAUCGUCUCUGAGGCAAAUCUUGGAUCUUUCGUUGAACGGGGAAGAAAAUACAGCGUGAUAUGCCGAUCACGUUUCCUCUCAGCGAAUUACUUCGGCAGCCGACGAGCGAACGUCCAGAAUGUAAUGCUCUCCUACGAGGCACCGCCUCAUUACGCCCGUAACAAUAAUAUGAGCGGCCAACGAUCGAGCUGAGUGUACGACGAAUAUUCCAGUCACGAGAUAGCUAUGACAACAUCAGCAUCGAAAUGACGGGAUCGUGAUGGGAAACGGUACCGUUCUGAUCGAGUGCAAAAUUUAUGGGUGCUUUUUAUUACCUCCUUGUCGUCGCCUUUCCUUUUCCCUUCCACGGCGUGUGAUUUUAGAAACGAAAUCGUUCGUUUAAAUGCUUCCGCGAUUAUUAGCCCGGGGGUAGAGUAAGCAAAUAUGUACAAUGGCAGCGAGAAAUUGCGGUAAUUCGCGCACUUUGGAGAACGGCGUGUCUCGGCCGACGUGUGUGUUCGCAGGAAAUAAAUUUAUCCCUCACGAAUAUCGUUUCUCCUCGCAUUUAGAUCCGAGUUAACCGAAUGUAUUCUUACAUAGCUUUAUAACUUUCGCCCGAAUCUGCUGCUCGGAUUCAAUUGAGAAUUUCUUUUGAGCAAUGUGUAGUGUAUUGAGAUAAUUAAAUUAAAUAAUUAUCCAAUUUA